AUGCUAGCAGCUUUGGAGCUGGAAGAAAUCGACUUAUCACCAGAAGCAGAGGAGGCAGUAGGAUUUCUUGAAACAAGCAUAGAAGAAUUGGAAGAUCAAUGUGAAAAAUUGGAAGGUGAAUAUGAAAAGAUAUCUCAAAAAAAGAUUCGUAAGAAUAAUCUAACAAUGAUAGAAGAAAGAAAACAGGAAAUUGAAGGCUUUAGCAAUAGAAACAAAUUUCAUAUUGAAAAAAUGGAAAUGGUUAUCGAUUUUUUGAAAAAGGAUAAGAUCAGCCCUGAUGCGGUGUUUGCAAUUCAAGAAGAUAUUACAUUUUAUUUGGAAUCCAACCAAGAGCCUGAUUUUAUCGACGAUGAUACUUUGUAUGAUGAAUUAAUUAAAGAAGCAUCAAAGUCGUCGAACAAUGAUAAUAUAAAUGAUGAGAAUAGCCAAAAUGACGACAUAUCUUUCCAAGAUCAGAGCUCUUCUAAUAAGGAAGAUGUCGACGAGGUUAAUGUUUCAACUCCAAUUAAAAAGAGCGCAGAUCAAUUACCUACUUCUUCUUUACAUUCAAGAUCUGACAAUUCACCACAAACUCAUCCAGACACAUCAUCUACACCCCAAAAGGCUCCUUUACCUAUACCCUCGACCCCAGAGUUAUCGAGCCCUGCGAUAAUUAAGAGCUUAAAGCCAGCUACUACCCCUUCGAAGCCAGUGGGAAAUUUGAAAUGGGCAGUAGCUGCCGCGGGAAGUGCGCCAUCUACUUCUAACGGAAUAGGUAAAAACGGGGAUAUGGAUAUUAAGCCUAUAAAAGAAGAGCCUGUAUUUAUUCAAUCGCAAAAUUCAAGAGUGCCCUCAAAUAAGUUACCAUUUGAAUCACAGUUUCAAUCUCAAAUUCUGCCAGAACCAACAAAUCAUCCCGAGCCUCAGCUAGAAUCUCAAUUUUCUGUAGAGAAAAAGUCAAAUGAUCCUAACUAUAAGUUUGUUGAAGUUUUACAAAACUCAUCGGUGUCAAAUACAGAACUAGAAUUAUUCAGCGAUUUGAAUUUAAUAAAGCUACCACCCGGUAUUCAGGACUUAGCAAUUUCUUUCACUGCUACGCGGAAAGUCUCAACGAACGAUUCUAAAAUAUUAAUUAAUACCAAUGCAUAUAACCCUUACAUUACUCCAAUUCAAAAGCCAUUUCUUCCACUGGCUAUUCAGGCAACCUUUAACCAUCAUUUGCCUAAUAAUACACAGGAGCAACGCAUAAAGGCCCCAUUGCACUUGCUCAAAUUUCAAUCAUAUUGGAACCGUAUAAGAGCUGAAAAUCAAUUUGAUCAAUUCGUCAAAGAAAUUCAAUUACUAUCGGCUCAAAAUAAUGCAGACAAUGUACCAGUAAUAAAUGAAUUAACCAUGGUUUUGUUUUAUGGAUACUAUUAUGGAUUUACCCCAAUAGAAAAUUUAAUAGCAGAAUCGUGCCUUUUCAAGUUGAACUGGAAACCAUAUGGAUCUAGAUCAGAAAUUCAAAAUAAUUUGCGUGGAACAAACCAGAUUCAAGAUAAGUCACCAUUCGAUAAAAUGUUAUUUGAAUCCAAACACUAUUAUUACUGGUUUAAAUGUGUGAGGAAUACACCUACUCCACAGGUAGAUGCAAACGAAUACGUUGAGCACGGCGACUAUCAAGUUUUCGAUUUAAUAACAUGGGAAACCUAUAUUAAAUAUGGCUAUAGACUUGAACUUAAUCUCUGCCAAUUAGAACCAUCUAAAACAUUAUUCUAG